UGCAGCUCCACGCGCCCCCGCCAGGGCCGGCGCAGGUGGAGCGGGCGGCCCCUUAUGGUUGCGGUUGUCGCUGCUGUCCGACUCCUUCCUCCCGGCUGUGGGGUGCAGUUGCCCGGGAGCUAUGGCGGAGGUGCCCGGAGGGCGGUAGCUCGGCAGACCCAGCACAAGAGUCAUGUGAGCUUGCCACAUCUUGCUUAAUGGAAUUGCUCAGAGUUUCAUUGCUGUAAAAGAAGAGGAGAUUUGGAAUCUUCAUAGCUGGUACUCAAAGACUACCAAUUCACUGAAUUUCCAUGGGAUUCAGAUCAGGCCUCAGGACUGAAUUUGCGUAAACGAUGAGUUCUACAUUUCUCUCAGAAGUCUUCGAACACAUUUUCUAAAUUACCUUUUAAUGGUGUUCUAAGUGAGCUUAUGUGAAACAAAUAGCAUUGGAUCAUGAGCGAGGAAAAAAACUUUGGUGCAUCCCAGAAAAUGUUGUCUCCUUCAAGAAGUACUAGCAGCUGCUCCUCCAAACAGGGAAGUCGACAGGACAGCUGGGAGAUUGUAGAAGGACUCCGGGGAGCAAUGAAUUGUACCCAGGAGCCGCAGAAGCAGGAGGGCUGCUUGCUGAAAAAGAGGAAAUGGCCUUUGAAAGGCUGGCACAAGAGAUACUUCUUUUUGGACAGAGGGAUUUUGAAGUAUUCUAAAUGCCAAGCUGAUAUAGAGAGAGGGAAGCUUCAUGGCUGUAUUGAUGUUGGACUUUCUGUCAUGUCUGUAAAGAAAUCAACAAAAUGUAUAGAUUUGGAUACAGAAGAGCAGAUAUACCAUCUCAAGGUGAAAUCUCAGGAGCUGUUUGAUGAAUGGGUAGCAAAACUUCGUCAUCACAGGAUGUACCGUCAGAAUGAAAUCUCCAUGUUUCCUCAUGAUGUCAAUAAUCUCUUCUUCCCUGUGUCUACUACUACAGACUCUGUCCCUGGUUUCUGUGAUUCUACCCAAGGUAGAAAGGCAGGCAGCUUGACCAAACAGAAUUCAUUGUCAGCCGGAGGUAACUUGUCGUUUUCCUUUUCGAGUAAUGAGUCCAGGAUUUCGUCUUGGCUACAGUCUUCUGAAGACAUGGACAAAUGCUCAAGAGAGCUCUCCAACUGUCACACAUACUUAGUGGAAAUGAACCAGCUGUUACAGAGCAUGGAUGUUCUUCACAGGACAUACUCAGCGCCUGCUAUAAAUGCUAUGCAGGUUGGACCUUACGAAAGCCCAAAGAAGGAAAAAAGAACACACAGGAGGUGGCGAUCCAGAGUUGUUGGGAAAGAGCCUAAAGGAAUGUUACAGGUGCCUUCAGUAUUUUCUGCCCCUAUGAGACUGCAUGCUUCCAAUCCAAACUUAUCUACAAUAGAUUUCGUAGAGGAGAAAAAUUACUCUGAUUGCUCUGAAACAUCAUCAGAAUUUACUAAAAUGCAAGAGGACUUAUUUCACAUUGCACAUAAAGUUUACUUCACCUUGAGGUCAGCUUUCAGCACUAUAUCUACAGAGAGGGAAAAGAUGAAGCAGAUGCUGGAGCACGAUGCAUCCUCAUCUCCAUCUGCACAAAUAGCUGGCUUGAAGAAUGCCUUAACAUCUGCAAUAGCACAAAACACAGAUCUUAAAGACCGGUUAUGCAGAAUACAUGCCGAAUCUAUGAUCUUUGAUUCAGCAUCUAAUGCAAAAUCAAGUCCAGAUUUGGUGAAGGAAAAUUCAAGAGAAGAGAGCAGAGCUCUGGUUCACCAGGUCUCCAAUGAAAGCAGACUCUCUAUAGCUGACUCUCUCACAGAAUUUUUUGAUGCACAGGAAGUCCUACUGUCUGCCAGCUCUUCAGAAAAUGAGGUAUCAGAUGAUGACUCGUAUGUAAGUGAUGUCAGUGAUAAUGUCUCAGAGGAUAACCUAAGCAAUGACAUAGAGAAUGAAAGACAAACUUUAGACUGUAUUUCGGAAAGUGGAAUUGGAUGCAAUUCUAAACGGAGAACAUGCUUACCAGCUCCAUGUCCUAAUACAAGUAACAUCAGCUUGUGGAAUAUCCUGAGAAAUAACAUAGGAAAGGAUCUCUCCAAAGUGGCCAUGCCUGUUGAAUUAAAUGAGCCACUUAAUACCCUUCAGCGUCUCUGUGAGGAGCUGGAGUACAGUGAACUGCUAGAUAAAGCAGCGCAUACGCCUAACCCAUUUGAACGGAUGGUGUAUAUAGCUGCAUUUGCAGUCUCUGCAUAUGCCUCCAGUUACUACCGAGCUGGAAGUAAGCCAUUUAAUCCUGUGCUUGGAGAAACCUAUGAAUGUAUUCGUGAAGAUAAGGGUUUCCAGUUCUUUGCGGAACAGGUCAGUCACCAUCCGCCUAUUUCUGCAUGCCAUGCUGAAUCUGUGAAUUUUGCUUUUUGGCAAGAUGUAAGAUGGAAAAACAAAUUCUGGGGAAAGUCCAUGGAAAUUGUUCCAGUUGGUACAACACAUGUAACUCUUCCAGCUUUUAAAGACCAUUUUGCAUGGAACAAGGUGACAUCUUGCAUCCAUAACAUUUUAAGUGGUCAAAGAUGGAUUGAACACUAUGGAGAGAUCAUCAUCAAAAACCUCAAUGAUGACACUUGCCACUGCAAACUGACUUUCAUAAAGGCAAAGUAUUGGAAUCCAAAUGCACAUGAGAUUGAAGGCUGUGUCAUGGAUAAAGCUGGGAAAGUUGUGCAUCGACUCUUUGGGAAGUGGCAUGAAAGUUUGUACUGUGGGACGACUUCAUCUUCAAACUGCAUAUGGAGAGCAAAUCCAAUGCCUAAAGGUUAUGAACAGUGGUAUGGAUUUACUCAGUUUGCACUGGAGUUAAAUGAACUGGACCAGCAAACUAGGUCAUUGCUCCCAUCCACUGAUACCCGUUUUAGGCCAGACCAAAGGUUUCUAGAAGAAGGGAAUAUUGAAGGAGCUGAAAUGCAAAAGCAGAGGAUUGAGCAGCUACAGAGAGAACGACGGAAGGUGCUGGAAGAAAACAAUCUAGAGCAUCAGCCUAGAUUUUUCAGGAAAUCCAACGACGACUCCUGGGUGAGCAAUGGAACCUACAUGGACCUUAGAAAAGAGCCUGGCUUUUCCAAACUGGACAAUCCUGUCCUCUGGUGAAAGAGGAGCUAAAAUGAAGAUAUUCUGUGCUGCAUUCUUGGAUCUGAUUUAAAAGAAGUAUAUAUAAAAUAUACCUAUCUAUAUAUAUAUAUACACACACACAUAUAAUAUAUGUGUGGGGUGUGUGUAUGUGUGCAAUUGUGCAUAUCUCCAGAAUUGUUCUUAAUUUAGAAUCCAAUAAUUUGUUUCCUUUACUCUAUUGCAGUGAUUGUUUGAAUGUAUAAAUAGCCUGAAUUCUUUUUAUAAGAUAUUUAAUAAAAUAGUACUGAAUGUUAACAGCAAGAGGGAAAAGAGGAGCUUUUACACUACUUUUCCAAUGUGUAAUAAAUGUCAGUUCUGAGUUAACUUAAUGCCUUAUUGAAUUGCAGUGGAGACAGUGGCAUCAGCAGUACUCUAGCUGUGCUGAGAAAUCAGAGUGCAAGCCUUGGUAGGUCAAACUGUAGGUAAGCUGCCACAGUUCAAUGGUUAGUUUGGCUGCCUCUGGGCUGGUAUAAAUUGCUAAAACAGAAGGACAGCUGGUGCUGGAAUCUGAGUAUGAUCUUUUGCUGCUUGUACAAAAGAUUUAAUUAGGCUUUUGUUUCUAUUAGCUUUUUUCUUAGCAUUAUGGAUGAGGUAGUUCUGAGCUUACAUCAGUGGUUCUACUGCCUUAUAUGUAAACUGUACCCAGCUAAGUGUAGUGCUAGAACUUCAGGAUUCGCCAAAACUUUCCACUGGGAAAAAAUUCCACUUUGGAUUUAUAGGCCCCAACAGGGCAAGAGGAGGAGAUCCUUUCUGUAUAUACUGCUUGAGCACUGACUAGAUGAAGAAGCUCUCUCUUUUUCCAGUAAGUAAAACCUAUACAGAGCACGAAAUCCUGUGCUUCCAUAGUUUCAUUUGUUUUUAUUAACCUCAAAAUUGCACCAGUAAGACUUUUUAAAAAGUAAGCAAACUGAUUGUUUUACGCUAGAAAUUUUUUCUUAGUAUUUUGAUAUUUUCUACCUCUUAAGAAAUAAACAACAUAUUUAAGAUCUUAUAUUUAAAAAAUUACCAUCUGCCUUAUGGAGAAGUGUAUGGAGUCUUUGAUCUUCCUCUGUUUGUUAUGUUCAGAUAAAUAUUCAGAUGUCUUGCACUAAAUCAAUUGCAUCCCUUUCCUGUAAUUUCACACAUAUGGCUAGAUUUGUGAAACUACUGAACCAUAGGUCAGAAAUUCAGCAGGAAACAAAUGUAGCAGAAGUUGCACUUUUGAAUGAAGAUUAUAGAGAUGGGCAGUAUUCUUGGUUUUUCCAUCAAAUCACAAUGCCACAAUUCCUACCUGUCUGCAGUUCAAACCUGACCCAUGAUUCUUCAAGUCUGUUCUAUGAAUGAUCUAUGUACCUCUCUGGCAACAACACGGUUAUAGAUCUAUAUCUUGCCACCACCAACAACCCCCCCCCCCCUUUUCUUAUAUGCCACUUCAAUAACACAAAACAUAACCAAAUGUUGUUGGCAUGUUAAAACUAGCUUAUGACUGGAACAAUUGGACAUGGCAUGGAUAAGGUAGACUCCUUGGGGGGUAGUAGCUUUGAAAAGCUUGCUUUUUACUGUGUGCUGCAUUGUGCUAAAGAAAAACCAUUCAAGAUGGAUCCAUUAUAUGUAACAUGAAGGAAAUACUAUGAAAGCUUACAUUUUAAACCAAAUCUGUGAUGUCAGAUUAGAUGUAUAUUUGAAUUUUGCUUUCUGUUACCUUGAAACUCCAUAUUCUUAGAGGGACAUGAAUGCUUUUUCCCUAUUUUUCCCUUUGCCUAGGAACUCUGCCUCACUAUCAUUUCUGUAACUUAUUACCAAAGAAGUCAGCAUUACUCUUUCUGUUUAAUAUGUCUUUUAAAUACUUGAUUACAAUGCCAGCAACUUGCAACAAGGCGAGCUUCACAUCAAUAUAAAGACAAAACCUGGGCUUUGAUUCCAAAGGAAAUCUUAACUUCUGGGGGCUAUUUGGCUUUUCAAGGAAAGUGAGGAUCUCUUCAUGGCUUGUUCCCUUCCUGUGUUUUAUUCUUGUACUAUAAAAAUAUGGCAAAGAAUUGAGUUGAUAUUUGUAAUUAUCCUAAUAAAUAAAUGGUAGUUACCAUUUAUACUAAAACUAGCGUUCAUUUAACAACAAAAUAGGGUAUGGGAAAUAAAUAAAAAAACUUUUAAGAAAGGGAACAGUAUUUGUGAAGGAUGCAGUAAACUUGUUCAUCGUCAUAUUUGGCAGCUACUGUGAUUACUGUCUGAUCUGAUUGCUGGGUUUGUAUUUGCUGUGUAUGGGGGGAUUUCCCCAUACUUUGACAGGUGAACUAAUAGUUGAUAGCACCUGAAAUUAAAGAAUUAGUUGCCAAAAGGCACAGUAUUGUCAUGCAUUAAAAUCAGCAGGGUUUAAAUGAAACUAAUCUCAUAUUUGGUGGUUUUGAUGUUUGGGAACUCAGACUGGCAGUGUUGCCAUUUAUCUUACAGUCUAAAAUAUCUAAAAUACAUAAUGAUGAGAAGCAUUUAUUUGGCUUAGUGCCUUAUAUAAGAAAUUCUCCAGCAAAAUUCCCAUAUCAAGAAGGUAAACUCCAGAAUUUCACUAUCAGCUCCAGAAAAAUAAUGCCUGAAAAUAAUCCAGGGCGUUUCUUAAAUACAUGAAGUAAAAAUCAUUGCCCAAGUAGUAGCUCCUUUUGUAAAUCUCUGACACAUCUGCAAACACGAUAUCACCAGUUGUGAAUGAUCCUCUGACCCCAUGUUUCCGACAACAGCAUAGUUGUCCCUGCUUACUUUUGUAUUGUUUUGGUUUAGUCAUUAAGCUUCUGUCAUCUGUAUAUUAAGAAGUGGAAGAAAAUUGUCUUGAUGUUAUCUCUCUGUAUUUCUGCAUUAAAAAAUAUAUUCAUUAUCACAAACCUUAAUAUACUCAAUACAGUUAUUCUUGUUAAAAUAUGAAAUUUUAGUAAUUUUCUUCCCCAAAACUUUGUAUGUGUUAAUGUGUGCACAAUUUGCAGUAGCUUUCUGCAAUAUAACUAAGACUGUUGAUUUAAUAACUAACAUAGAGGGACUUUUCCCUCCCCUGUUUCUACUCUGUAUUGUGAAAAGAAUAUACUGGACAACUUACUGCUUCCUUUCAUAUGCAGCAGUGAUCCCUAAGCUGUUCAGCUCAAUGGAUCAGUCUUAAAAUUUCCUGAUGCCCAUUGCCUGCUGUUACAGCUUUCUUAUUUGAUAACUAUCUAAACAUACUAAAUAUGAUUUGGGAGGGCAGUUUGAGAAGAACUCAUCUAGCACUGCCUUUCUUUGUGAAUCCCUUCAGAGUAAACCACUCACAAUGAAUUUAUAUCAAGAUAGAUGAUGGAACAGCUAAGCAGUUAAAACUGAGCCUUUGGGUCUUAAAACACUGGCUCAGUUUUCAAAUUACAUAGCAAAGAAAGCAAAAAUAUCCAGGGAAAUAGUGGUCAUAGAAGCAGAAACUCACAACUCUGCUUCCAGUUUUGCAGGCUGAACACUUGUUACAGUGGGAUUAUGAAACAGUGUCACUUGUUUAGGAGGCUACUCUUGGUAGCAUAAAGGGACCUUUAGACUGAGUGGAACUGAAAUACCCCAUUAAUCACUACUUUUUUUUCUAUACCUCUGUUCUCUUAGAUACGGUUUGUGUUGAUUUGCCAGCACUGAUGUGUAUCUUUUAGAUCCAGCAAAGUGCUUAGGUUCUGUAUACAGAGCUUAGAAAAUUAGAUGCUUGUAAAGAAAAGCAAAACCAGCCAAAAUUUUGAUAAGGAAACAUCCUAAAGAGCUGUUCUUCCAUCAACAAGUUUUUUUUUAAAGGACUGGAAGCAGGAUUUCUGCUUUUAAAACCUGGCCUCUGAAGGAGGUGUUGGUUGCAAACAGUCACCUUUUUAUUUGGCAGUUUAGUGUUGAAGCCAGAUCACUGUACAAAAAGGAACACAAUUUGAUGGGGCUGGAAUGUACAGCCGGGGGCAGCUUUUGGAUUGCACAAGGGUUCAGUGCUGCUCCCGGAAAACCCAACCAAAAACCAACCUAACCUCACCCAUUCCCAUGCCUCAUCUGUUUACAGUCCUGUUUCUGUGUGCCCCCUUAUGUCUAACAGUCCUUAUUCAGCAUUCCAUUUUUCUCUUUAUUAAAAACAAUCAGAAGAAUAGGAAAACCAGUCCAUUCUAACAAGCUUUUAAAUGAGAAAUCACGUCUAAGAUUUAGUUAAAAACUUCCCCUCUAAACAUUGUGACGUACUUCUGCGCAAGACUUUCUUCCCAUUUGCACUCUGGAGUCAGGCACGGUAAGGGUGGCAUGCUACAGAAGCGUACAUGAGCUCUGUCUGAUCAGUAUACUUCUGAUCAAUGUCUUUGAAUCUGCUUUUGUGCAUCUCUUGUGUUGUCUCUAGAUGCCCAGCUUUGCAGAGCAGGACAUUUCCAGCAUGUAUUGUUUUAUUCAAUACAGCACUUUCUGGGUACAAAAGGGAAAAUGAAAUCCAACUUUUCCACAACUGAAUACAUCUUGCAAGGGCUAGAGUCAGAUGGUGCUAUUCAAAGGAGUGAAGUUUGAGAAAAAGGUUUUUUUGGUUGAGUGUGUUUUCAUUCAUGGAUUAUGCCUACUAUAAAUAAAAGUCACAGGAUUCACUAGCUCAUCCUUUCUAUUUUCUAGCUACUGGUGGGUGCAACUUACUCCAGCAGCUGUGGGUUCAUAAGAAACUGCACAUGUUGUCUGGCUUCUCUGUUGAAUCUUGGUAAAUGCUGUACCUUACCACCAAAUGUAUUGCUGUACUGCUGAGUUCUUAGAUACUGUUCUUGCUGCAGCUUUUGAAAGCAAUAAGAGAUUUUCCACAUACAUAGUUGCCAUAUGUUAAACGAUUAUUUUAAGCAGUUCCUUUUAUAUAUGAAUUGUGGAUUUGAUGGUUUUGUUGUAUGAACCAGAACUGUAUAAAAGCUUAUGAGAAUGUUUGGCAAUUUGAUCCACAAGAGGUGAUGAGCUCCUUCAGUGCCACACCUUGGAGAUGGCUGGUAUCCCUGAGAAUCAGGCGGUCUUGUAUUUAUGUUAACAGUAUUUUACUAGUUCCAGGACUGGAAAUACAUACCACAUGUAUGACGUACUGCAUAUGCAAAGCUGCUAAAUGCUGAAUUUGUUGUUCGUUUUGAUAGGGCAUUAGUGAUUUCAGAAUGAAGAAAGGUAUCUCAUGUUAGAAUUAUCACUGACUUCCAGAUUUUUGAGAAAACGUUCUGUAGUCAGGAUAGUUCCUGGUUUCUGCUUUUACUCCAAAAACCUGUAACAAUGUUGGAGCACCUUGGUGCACAAGUUGAUUUAUUACUUUUGUCUCUGUAACCAGUUUAUUUGGAUGUUAAUAAACCAUACUUGCAAAAG